GCCAAGCCAAGCCAAGCCAAGCCAAGCCGCCGAAGCAAAGCCAAGCCAGGGCAAGAUGGGCAGAGUGACGGUUGUGCCGUUUUGUUCUCUUGCUUGCUUGUUUGCCUUUUGGCUUGCUGCUUGCUGGUGCUGCGACUUUCGCCCCGUGUGACUGGCCUCAUUUGUGUCCUUCGUGUCCUACCGCCGCUUUUGUUGCCUUGCUUGCGCCUGCUUGCUUGCCGCGGUCUCGGCUGGCCUUUUUGUCUUUCCUCCUCCGUCGACAUCUCCGCUUCCUUCCUUCUUGCUUGGCGUCCACGCCACCGCCAAGCCCAGCCAACACAACACCCCAUCACCCACCGCGGCCACAAACCAACACACGCAUCACCAAACAACAGAGCAACACCACACACACGCGAGCAACCAACCAAGAGCAAGCCAACGUCAACCAAUACACACACACACACGCGCGCGCGAGCAAGUGCAAGCCACAGUGCAGACGGCUCACCUUCAUUGACUCACUUGCUUGGAGGCGCUUCACGAGAAGCCACCCCCCCCCCAAAACUCCAGUCUUUACUUUGCUCAAACACGCUCGCGCCACCUGCUUCAUCAUCUUCUUUUUACCAUGACCGCGACACGCCAGGGCCGGUUGGUGGAGAUGGCGUUCCAGAAGAACGUGCGCAUGACAAAUUGCAAGGACAGGAGCAUGCGCAUCACCCUGCACCAGCGCUGCCUGUGGAAGCACCUGCAGCGGGACUUCUUCGCCUGCGACGACCAGGACGCCUGGGCCGUCGCCUUUGUGCCCCUCCCCACAUGCCCGCCAAUCUCAGACAAGGACACAGACAAGCACAUGGACACAACACCAGACGCCACCGCACAAGAGUGCAGUGACCAAAACUUGAAGCAGCAGCAGCAGCAGCAGGAGCAGCAGCACGAGGAUGACUGCAGCGAUGCAUGCAAGCACCACGAUGACUCCAGCGAUGCAUGCAAGCACGAGGACAGCACAGCUGCUUGCGCAGAGGAUUCGCCCUCGUGCAACGACGAUGACGACAACGACAACACACGCACCUGCGACGCCAGCAGCGGUACUCAGCAGCAGCCACAAGCGGAUGAGGACAAUGCACCGGUUUCGAGUGAGGCCGGCACUGCACAUGAGCUCGACCAUGACGUGCGCAUUGUUGUCGAGUACACCGGGUUUGACGGCCAGCCCACGCAAGGGCCUGUCCUCAUUCAGCCCUCUUCUUCCGCCACCACCACCACCACCACCACCAUCGCCACCCCUCCUCCAUCGUCGUCUCGCAAGAACGCAGUGGCACACAGGGCGAAAGUGACAGAGCUGGAGGGAAAAGUGGUUGCCGAUGCGCAGCAGCAAGUCAGGGAAGAGGAGAAGGAGAACAGUGAGAAGAAGCAACAGCAGCAACAACAGCAGCAGCGUGCGACGACGGCCGGAAAGGGUGAUCCUGGUGAUGGCGGUGCCGCGGGCGCUGAAGACACCAGCGCCAUUUCUUCUUCAGACGACACCGCCUCCUCUUCAUCCUCUUCGUCGUCUUCAUCCUCUCCCUCAGCUGCCGAUUGCAAGCAGCCAAGCACCGGCGCGAAGACGGCAGAGGCCGACACGACGAGCAGUAGUGACAGCAGCACCAGCAGUAAGAGCAGCAGCAGCGAUGAAGACGACGGAGACAGCGAUGACGAAGAAGGAAGCGCGGGUGGCUUGAAGAAGCGACAAAAGCGAAAGCCGCCAUCACCGCUGCGCCGUGCCGUCACAAUCCGCGUCUACCGCUCACGCGCCCUCCAAUCACCCCCGCCAUCUUCCACCUCCUCCACCGCCUCGUCCUCCUCCUCGUCGUCGUGCGCAUCGUCACCCGACCGCCCAGGCGCCCGCCCGCCGGCGCUGCCAACAGCAGCAACAGCAUCCCCGUCCUCCUCAGCGUCCAUGGGCGCAGAGGCACAGGCAGAGCCGUCGUCAUCGUCCCCGCCAUCACCGCUCCUCCUCGCUGCCAUCAAGCGCUCGUCUGCACGCACGGGGCAGCCGCCACCGGCGUUUGCAAUUGAGGACCAAGACCUCGCGUGUGAUUCAGCCCAGAGCUCUGCCUCCACGUCAUCUGCCCCACCACCACCGUCGUCGUCGUCGUCAUCGGCAGCAGCAGAAACAGCAACCUCCAAGCAUGGGCAGCAGUCUUCUAUUGAAACAGCAGGCACAGACACCAGCACGACGGCUGCAGCUGGCGCGGUGGCCGACCCGCCAGAGGACGAGUCUGUGCUGCCGUGCUCACAGCCCGUCGCGUGCAACUGACGUUGAAGCAUGACCACGCACCACCCGCCGCAAACACAGCAAGCAGCUGCCGUCACUCCUGCCGUCUUUGGUGCCGUCGCUGCUGCUGUCCAUCCCGUAACACAGCAUGCACAUGUUGUCAUGUUGUCAUGUUGUCAUGUUGUCAUGUUCUUAUUUUCUCAUGGUUCUCAUGUUGUUAUGACGGUUCUGGCGCGCUGUUGUUCUAUUCUCGCUUCACGACGGUGUUGCGUUGGUGAAGGCGCUCUUCCCUGUUACACUUCCCGCAUGAUGCCACUUUCUCCUUCCUUGUUCUUGCCGUCUUCGUCAGCUCCGUCUGUCGCUGGCCAACUGUCCAGCCAUCCAAGCCGUCCCAAAUGCCCGUUUUAACUUUGGUUUUUUCCAGUUGUUCUGUUAUUUGUUUGCCCGCGUUGAGCGACCUGUGGUCGCAGUUGCCUCAAGUUAUGAUGGCGCGUCUUUUAGUUGCUGGUUAUUACUCUACUUGCGAACGACGCUUUGUGUUUGGUUUGAGAUGCACAUACCCUACUCCCCUUGCUCUCCUUUCAAUGCUGAUGCUCUUGAUGCUGGUGCCACGUUGACGCAUUGCAUGCUACAAGCUAUUUGAUUGAACGCUCCUAUGUCUGUUUGUGUUUUUCAUGUUCUUGGUUUUGUGGUUUGUUGUGUUUUAUGUUUUGUGUGUUUCGUGGUGCGUGUUCUUCCUUGCGCUUUCCGUUCGCGUUUUCAUUCGUCUCUCCCUGCCUUUCCUCUUCCUCAAGUUCUCUCUCCUCUCUUGUUCAUGAGCGUGUCAGCCCCUUGUUGUAGUGUAGAGAUUUGCUUUGGACUGCCCUCCCCCCUAUUUGCUUUCCUGCUUCGAUUCUUUGAUUGUUUAUUCUUCGUGUGUGGUGUGUUUGCUUGCCUUUUGUUGCGUGUUGUCGCUUUUGCACGUCACCCGUGUCCGUGUGUUUUGUGCGGUGUCCUUGUGCCACCGUGGUGUGUGGUGGUGCAAGCCGCCGCCGAGUCACGCGUCAUCGCGGGGUGUGCGCAUGUUUAACUGCAGCGCGGUGCCAAUAUCACCCCGGUGCUGCAACAUUACACACGAAAAGACUUUGUGUGUUUCCACAUUAAUCGCGCGUG